CUCCGAGAUCGGUUCCCGCCGGCUAAACGACCUCUUUCUAUUUACUGCAGCGAGGUAGCGCUGCUGCCGCGGAAAAGAAAGAGCGAAGCACGCGACACCGCCACCAUCAUCUUCUUCAGCAACAACGCACUUGAAUAGUUCAACAUGUUUUACUAUGGUGCAAUUUAAUUGAGCCCCUAGUAGACAAGGCAGGCAGAGUACAAGUAAAGGAACUUCAAAGCUCCCACGGGCUGGUUAAUACUAUGAGUAGAGAAAGCGAGUGAAGGCUGGAGAAUGGUGAAGCAGGCUGAGAGAUCUGCCUGGUCGUGAGAGAAGUUCAGGUCACACGAAAUUCCCUUAUCUGCAAGCAGCUGUCCCAAUGGAAGCGGCUCCGCAGGCAGUGGACUUGUUCCGUGGACGUCUGGCGUUCGUGACUGGCGGGGGCAGCGGCAUCGGCCGUGCUGUAUGCCGCCUGCUGGCCCAGAGAGGAGCCCGCGUCCUGGUGGGAGACGUCGAUCUGGAGGCAGCCAGCGCCACGAUCGCGUUGCUUCAAGAGUCAUCAGGGGGUGCUGAACAUCGAGCCCUUCACAUUGAUGUUGGCUGUCCUCAGUCAGUGAAGAAAGCAUUCGAGAGCUUCGAAGGGGACAGAGGAGAGCAAGUGUCCAUUGUCGUCCACUGUGCCGGUAUACUGCUACCCCCUAAGUCAUUCCUGGACGUCGACGUAGAUGAAUUUGACCGAAUCACUAGAGUCAACCUUCGGGGGACCUUCUUGGUCACACAAGCAGCGGCGCACUGCAUGCUACGGCAAAAGGUGACCGACGGCAGUAUCGUGAACAUGUCCAGCGUCGCAGCCAGGAUUACCCGACCGGGCAUUGCUGCGUACUCUGCCACCAAGGCAGCCGUCACGUGCUUCACCAGAUCAGCAGCGAUGGAUCUUGCUGGCAGCGGCAUCCGCAUCAAUGCUGUGGCACCCUGCAUGACGGAAACGCCCAUGGUCAAAGCGUUCGGAGAGGCGCAGUUUUCGCAGAUCUCCUCAGGCAUCCCGAUGGGGCGGAUGGCGAUGCCCGACGAAGUGGCCACCGUAAUCGCCUUCCUCUGCAGCCCCGACAGCGCGUUCGUCACAGGCACCACCGUCGACGUCAGCGGUGGUGUCUAGAGAUGUCCUCGAUGAUUUGGGAAAUAGCAAUGCUAAAUAAAUGUUGGAAAGAUCUU